AUGGCAUCUCAGGUGCCACAGGCGUCAGGAGCUGGGUCCCCAGCGCGCGGCAACGUGCCCUGGGUUGUUGGCGUACCCCUCGAGAUUCUGUCAAUGAUUCUGUCCUCCCUGACCAAUCGCGAUCGCAAGUCUCUGCGACUGACAUGCAAAGUGUUCCGGGAUAUCAUACCGUUAUGCCUCUCACGGGUAUUCGUCUCUGCCAACCCCCUGGACAUUGAGGUGUUUCGCGCAGUGGCAGACCAUCCCAAAUUUCGACAUCAAGUUACAGAAAUAAUCUGGGACGACGCGCGCUUCAUUGCAGCUCCCCCUCUUUCAGAGGAUGAAUGGUAUGCGAUGAUAGAUGAUGGAAUUCAAACACUGACACCCAGAUCGCCUGAGAUUGACCCUGAAAAUCAUCCCCCAUCCUGGUUUCUCAGAGAAUGCGAGGACAACAUCCAAUUCAUCGCACAUCGGAAGUCCUGGGAUCGGGACCAUCCUUAUCAUGUCGCACGACAGAAACAAGUCGAUGCACAGAUGCCUCCAGAGGAAAGCUUGAAGUACUAUCAGAAGUUAUUGCGGCAGCAGAACGAAGUUUUGGUCUCACGGAGCGACGAGAAGGCUUUUGUCUACGGUAUUGACCGAUUUUCAGCCUUGAGAAGAGUCGUCGUUACGCCCGCAGCACAUGGGUGGCUUUUCUCUCCGUUGUAUGGAACCCCUACAAUCAGAUCACUGCCUUAUGGGUUCAAUUACCCGAUUCCGCGAGGAUGGCCUACGGUGGGCUUAUGGGAAGUUGCCCAGUAUCCCCUCCCCUGGUCAGAGGCACCAGAGGAGUAUAAAGAACAAUGGCAUGGAACUCGAAUCGUGCUCCGCAUCUUGGCUCACUCCAAUCACAAUGUCUCGGAGCUUAGCUUUGACGCUAUGUCGCUCAUAACUGCUAUUAAUUUCAUGAUGCUAGAACAACCGUGUGAGGAGUACGAUCAUUUUAUGACGAUAUUGAAGCGCCCUAAAUUCAGUCACCUGGACCUCCCACUUUAUGUUGGAGGAACUGGAACAUAUCUCUGGGCUAGAGAAAGCAGUGGAAAUCUUCGUCGUGCUCUCAGUAAAGCGAGAGACUUACAACAUGUCAGCUUUUCGACCACACUCGAUCCUGGCCCUAGGGGCCCGCCAAUUCCGUUGACAAGUGUCUUCCCAGUCGAAGAUUGGCCAACACUUCGUCACUUUGGCCUUUUUCGUUUUGAUGUCUCACAAACUGACCUUUUGGGUUUACUAAAACUCCUGCCAAAAACACUGCAGUCUGUUGAGCUUGGUUUUCUCGACAUGAGCCGUGACGGAGGUCGUUGGAGCGAUCUCCUGGAGGCCAUUCGGGCAGAACUGCCGUGGUCAAACGAUACCCACAGACCAAGGGUUAGGAUUAUUAUGCAAGGCUACGAGCGGAUCAUUGGGAGGGGGUUAUGGCUAGAACACGAGGUGGAUAGAUUUCUGUACGAGUCAGGGGAGAAUCCAGCGCAUGAACGGGAUUCAAACAAACCUCAAUACGGCAUGGGAGAAGCACGCGACUUGUUCGAGCCCGAGUUUACAAGACCUCACCUGGGCCCUCGAGAGCUUGAUGAAUUGGGUAUCAUUCAAUGGGGACGAUCUCAGUGA